AUGGUGAAAGCAGACGUGCGGAGGGAUUACUAUGCGGACUUGGGUUUGACGCCGAGUGCCGAGUCGGAGGAUAUCAAGAAGCAGUUCCGAAAGCUAGCUCUCAAGUAUCACCCCGAUAGGAACCCAGGCCGGGAGUUGGAGUUUAUAUCGAAGUUCCAGGCGAUUCAGGCCGCCCACGAAAUCCUUAGCGAUGCGCAACAACGGUUGAGAUAUGAUACGGAUCGGUUACGCGCUGGGUAUGGAAAGCUGUACGGCCCGCCUAAACCAAGCGCUACGCGGAAGACGGCCACGAGUAACUUCGCCUCGACGCCUUCACCGAAGCCUCCGACUGCGAAACAGCCCUUCUCUGCGCGACCCCAAUCCUAUCAUAGCGGUCCGUCCUCCGGCGCGCAGCGGUAUGCUAGUUAUGCUCGUGCGGCGCCUAAGCAGCCUUGGGAGAAGACGAGCAACGAGGGACAGACUCGCGCGGACGCCUACCGUGGGUUCCAAGAAAUGAAAGGCAAUGGUAUGCCGGGAUGGAACCAAUUUGACCCUCGUACCGGACGAUCGGCCUUCCCGGGGGCUACGCCUCGACCUACUGCAGCUUCUGCGGGCCAGCAACGACCCAAGUCCGCCUACGAGUAUUUCAAAACCUCCCCGAAACCCUCGACCCCGGACCCUUCGCGCGCGCAAUCCGCUAGGAAGAAGCAGGGGUUUGCCCCGCGAGCGGCCGCCGGUGGUGAUGAACCCAUGGCCUCUAGCACGUCCUCCUACUCUAACGCGUAUCGCGGCGAGCGUUCGCAUACCCCUAAUGUCUUUGGGACUGCCCCCUCCCCGACUGCUAGGAAAGCAGCCGCCGGAUUCUCCAGUCGUGCAGACACUCUGCGUACCCCGGAAUUCGAGCGCGCCAGUAGACAGUAUGCCAGCACCGGAGGCGAGCGGACUUUCUUUUCGAGUACGGGCUUCGGACGGUCUUCGAGCGUUCGCGAUUCAACUGGAAGUCCCAAACCAUAUUCGCGGACGAAUCCUCCCAGCCCGACACCGCCCGAGUCAGGCAGGCAUCGGAGUGCUAGCCCCAAGUUCAAAACGGACACGCCCCGGAAUUACUCGUCUACGAGCUCAAGUGAGACCGACGAUGAUGAUAUCUUCCCUGCGCACAAACCCAAGGCGGUUCCAAAGAGCAGGCUUCGUCCUCAUCAGAAAUUUUCUGGUUUUCAUACGCAGCAGCCAGGGGGUGCUGCCAAUGUCCAUGAAUUCGAUGGUACAGCAUCGCCGGGAAACGUGUUCGGUGCUCGAGCCCAAACACCUUUCGAAUCGUAUGACGAACCUGUGUUCCCUCCGACAAUGGCCUGGAAAUACUGGUAG